AAGGAAGAAGAUUGAGAGAUGGGUUAUGGAAGGAAAGCAUCUGACCAGACAGAGAAGUAUCAUAGGAAAGUGUUGGGAAAGAUAGGACCUGGUGACUGACUCAAACAGGGUUGGAAUUAAAAAAAAGGAAAAGUCAAACAUUUUAUGUAAUUAAGAAAGUUUUGGUUUCCUCAAAGGAGUCAGAAUUCUAACGCAUGCUUUUACUCCUAUUGCCUCCAUUUUAUUAUUGCUUUUAAUGCACAAGUCCUCCUUAGUACUACCAAAAUUACUCUCCAUGCACCAUUUCUUUCUUUCUUUAUUCUAAAACAAAAGUGUUGCAAACAAUAACUGAUACAACAAAAUUCAAUAGCGAGACCAAACCCCAAUAUUAAAAGUGUUGAUAUCACCUCUUUCACAACCUCCUAAUAACUUUCCCAAUAUUUGACCCCUUCUCUCUCUCUCUCUCUCUCUUUCUCUCUCCCUUUCUUCUCUGCCAUGGAAGAUGAUGAGGCAUGCAUCACCAGUCUUAGCCUUGGACUAGGAAUGGGGAGCCGUGUCACAAAGAAGGAGAAGCAGAAACUCCCUUGUUUGGACCUAACGUUUCAGAUUUCUCCAAAGGGGGAGCAAACCAUUCAUGUGGAUAAACAACGACAACAACAUCUUCUUCAUGAUGAUAAGGCAAAAGGGUUGUUAUGUUUGAAGCACCCCAGUGAAAAUAACAGCCCUGAUAGCAGCAACAACAACAGCAGUAACGGCAGCAGCAGAAAGAAACUGAAGCUUACGAAGGAGCAGUCAGCCACCCUUGAGGAUAUUUUCAAGCUGCAUAGCACUCUUAACCCCGCACAAAAGCAGGCACUUGCUGAUCAAUUGAAUUUAAAGCAUAGACAGGUUGAAGUUUGGUUUCAGAACAGAAGAGCAAGGACCAAGUUGAAGCAAACAGAGGUGGAUUGCGAGUUCCUGAAGAAAUGUUGUGAGAAACUAACGGAUGAGAAUCUGAGACUGAAGAAGGAAUUGCAAGAGCUGCGUGCACAAAAGAUUGGACCAAAACCAUUGUACAUUCAACUGUCGAAGGCUACAACCUUGAGCAUUUGUUCAUCGUGCCAGAAAGAAUUGAAGCCCAAUGAAGGGAAGAAAGGAGGCAUUUCCGACGUGGUCCGAAACAGCAGCCACAAACUGCAGAACAGCGUAGGGGUAAAGGGCAUUUAGAGGGUAUAAGGAACUCAUAAUUUGAUGAAAGAUAAUUGGAAUGUCAGAAUCAAAUAUUGAUGAUUAAUCAGGAAAGAAGGAAAGUACACAUCCUCAGUCCCCACAUCGAAUAAUAUGUAUAGCCGUGUAGGACUGCGUGUGGUAUA